AGCACCGCCACAGACGAGCCCUCAGAAGUUAGAAUCUGAGGAAAACAAUAUGUUAAACUUAGAACAACAACAUAUGACAUUAUAACCAAGCGACGACAGCCCACUAGUCUUGAAGGAGGUGUACUUAGGCGAUAGUCGGGUUCCCUCCGGGGUAUCCGGAUUACUUGGAUUAUAAAAAAAAAAAAAAACAUAUGACAUUAUGACCUACGAACGGCACCGUUUCUGUCCUAUCAAUCGCAUACUUAUCACCAGUCAUUAGUAUCGAUCUAAGUCAUACUUCACAAUAUUUACUAGAUAAUAAAAAAAUCGUUUGUGGAGAUCUCAACUCUCAAACGAUUUUUUUUCAAAAACAAAUUUAAGCAACCUCUUAUAUAUAAAUUAUUUAUGUUAAUGAUGCAUAUGUACGAUGUUACAUAUAUAUAUGUUAAAUGAUGUACGAUGUAAAUAGAGACAUUUUCCACUAUAAAUACAUCCACACCCCCACUUCAUUUCUUCACACAACUACCUCUCCCUCUCAUUCAUCCAAAGCAAAAAACAUGGCUACCCAGAGAGCAAUCCUCAAAAACGCUCUCAUCCUUUUUCUCUUCACCUUAACCAUCAUACCAAAAACCGCGUUUUCUCAAAACUGCGGUACAUACGGAUGUGCAGGAAACCUAUGCUGCAGUAGAUAUGGAUAUUGUGGCACCACACUCGACUACUGCGGCACAGGAUGCAGAAGCGGACCUUGCAGCUCCGGAACCACACCAACUCCUACCGGCGGCUGGGGAGGUCUAAACGCUGAUCCUCGUGAUACUAUUGAAAAUGUUGUCACACCAGCAUUUUUUGAUGGCAUCAUGAGCAGAGUCGGAUACGGCUGCCCAGCAAAAGGAUUCUACACUCGCCAGGCUUUCAUCACGGCCGCCCAAUCGUUCUCUGCCUAUCAAGGAACUGUCGCUAAGCGUGAAAUCGCCGCCAUGCUGGCUCAGUUCUCACAUGAAUCUGGAAGUUUUUGUUACAAAGAAGAAAUAGCGAGAGGAAGGUACUGCCAAGCUAGCACAGCCUACCCUUGUCAACCGGGAAAGGACUACUACGGUCGUGGUCCGAUCCAAAUCACAUGGAACUUCAACUAUGGUGCAGCCGGAAGGUUCCUUGGACUGCCUCUCUUGACUGAUCCAGAUAUGGUAGCUCGUAGCCCUGAAGUGGCCUUUAAGUGUGCCAUGUGGUUCUGGAACCAAAACGUUCGUCCAGUCUUAGACCAAGGCUUUGGAGCCACCACGAGAAGGAUCAAUGGUGGCGAAUGCAACGGUGGGCGUCCCGCAGCGGUGCAAAGCAGAGUUGACCGCUACUUGGAGUUCUGUAGGAUGUUCGGUAUCACUCCCGGAGCUAAUCUAAGUUGCUAAAUAUGUUAAAUGUGGUUUAUGUGGCACUUUUCAUGGUAUGGUGUUGUUCUUGCGCGUGAGUUAACAAGUAAGAGUAUUGAAUAAAAGAGUACGAUGUGUACUGUAUCUUAAUUAAUGUAUCAAUGUGUCUUUUUUUAAGUUGUAUCCAUGUAUGGUGUUGUUCACUUGUUUGAAUUGUUUUCAUAAAACAUACCAGCCAAUCCAUAAUAUAGACUUUCACCUUUUAAAAAAGAAGAUUAUUGCAAAAAUUGAAUUACAGAGGAUUAUUUGGCAUUUUAGUUUUGACAACAAUAUAAGCUGAAAAUAUGAGAAAUUUCUAUGAGUGGUACAUAAUGAGUAAGAAGUGUGAACAUAUAGUAAUUUUUUAGAUUGUUUGGUUUUUAGUCUGAUAACAUAAUAAGGUGAAAUUCAAAAAAAAAUUAUGUUUGAAAGAACCAUUGCCGAGUGACUUAGGUCCUCAAUUCACUAUUUGGUUCAUGCAAACAACUUUGGUGUAAGCAAAAUUCAACAGUAUAAGCUGAAGCUCUCUGGUCCCUUCAAGUUGUAGUUUGCCAACACCACUCGUCUUCCAUCCCUAUAACAUUUCUGUGAGUACCUAAGUUGUAAAAAUCUCAGAUUUUAAACUCCACACAAAUUCUACAUCCAAAAAUUAUUUUCAAAUAUUUCUCAUAUUGACAUUUAUUUCAAAUAUAACCCUUUGGUAUGCUUGGAUUAGAAUUCCAAUAGAUUAGUAGAUAUAGCAUUUUUAAAUGCACCGUAGCAACUUGAAAUUCCUUUUCUAGUUAUAUACUACUUUGCCCAAAUUAUGUUUGGUAACAUUUUCAGAGCAUGUUUCUUAUUUUUAUUUGUGAUAUUCCUUUUUAUGCGUCUGGCUGUUGUUUAUUUUUUCAAAUAUUUCAAUUUAUCCUGUUGUAUUUGAUUUUUAAGAUUUUCUUUACCAAACAAGUACCAAACGCAUUACAGUGUGAUUCUUAAGAUUUUCUAUAACAUUUCUAUAAGUACCAUUCGCUCUAGUCAUGAUGAGACAAUGUUACAUAGGCGUAUGUACGUUUGUUCAGACAUAACUAUAUAUAAAGCAAAUUACAAAAAUCAAUUUAGUUUUUUUAAGUCUUUAAAGAUAUCAUGAUACUAUAUGUUAGUAUCUAUUUAUAUGUACGUGAAUUAGAGUCGAGUGAGAUUUUGGUUGAACCAUUAUGAAAUUGCAUUUGAGAGUGGUUGUUAACUGUGUUGAACCUAAUAUAGAAUCUCAUGCACUAUAAUUAUGUGACAUCAAUGUGGCAUAUCAUAGCCACCAUGUGUAAUUUGUCAAAUAGUAAGUAUUAAAAUUAAAAUUGUUCAAUAAACUAAUUAUUAACCUAAACGACUGUAAGUGGUUGAAGAUUGAAAACUUUACAUACUUGUUGACGACAAGAAAAUGAACAUGUUGUAUCUUUGGGUUUGGAAUGUUUUUGAAGAGAAUUUUUCACAAGACCGUGGUUUCUGUAGUUUUGUCGUAUGAUCAUACGAUGAUGGUAACUUAUUUGUAUGGUGGUUGCUUCGUUUAUGAAUUGUUUAAUAGAGAUCUAUAUUACUGAUAGGCAAAGUAAUGAGGCUGCGUUAAUAAGAAUCUUUAUUUACAUUUUAACUAAGAGAACAAAAUGAAUGUUUUCUUUAUACUAGCUAAUGUCUUUCUAUCUUUUCUAUAAACUGAAAUUGUUUUCAUGAUAAAUAAUCAUAUGGCAUUAGAUAUAAAAUAAAAUGCAGAUUUCUUUGGUUUUCUAUUGAUGCUAAUUGGCAUAAACGUAUGGAGUUGGUUGUUUAUUGAUGUCAUUUCUUUUUAAACGAGAUGUCACUUUCUCCUUGAAAAUUACAUUAGGCACUUCCAUAAAUGGUAUCUAAUAGUCUCUCAUAAUAAAAAUAUACAAAAGUAAUAAAAUAGAAAGAGAGAGAAAUGGUAAAAAUUAUCAUUUGAAACCUUUUUUAGAUAUCGUCAAGAACAUGAUCAAAUGACAAAUUGUAUCAUUUUUAGUGGCUUAGAUUUUUUAAAUAUGUUAAAAUUGAUUAUAAAAUCAACAUAUCUUAAAAUAAUAGUUUUAGUUUU